CUUGGAUCUCUUCUCUGGGCUGGAGUGCAGCGCUUCAAUCCGGCUAGACGCGGAUUCCAUGACCGCAUUAUAGGUAAGCGCGCUCCAGAUCUUCUCUCCCGGCGCCAAGAAGAAUGGCAUUGCCGCCUUCCGGGAGCCUCUGGACUGCGACGAGCAGCGUCUUCGCGUGGCAAAUCCAGCAGCAAACGGAAUUCUGCGCGGAAUUUCGCGACUGGUAGCAGCAGCAAAGAUCCCUCUUCUUCUCCGAUCGAUCGAUCAGGGAAGAAGAAUCAAAGAACAAGAAAAUAUUUUCUCUCGGCCCAAUGGAGGAGGUGCUGCGCGCGCCGUCCUUCCUCAUUGACGACGGCCUGUGGAACAAGCUCAACACGGAGCUCCGCGCGGCGUGCCACUGGUGCACGCACCACCACACCACCACUCCAGCCGAGGCGGCCAAGCAGCUGGAGCGCGGUGAGGGCUGGCCUCGCGACUGGAUCUCCAGGAAGGUGAAGAACUCCACCCGGCAAUUCGGCGGCCUCUUCAUCUGCCCGGCGCCCGACUGCUCGGGCCACUCCAACACCAAGGGGGAGCGCCGGAGGCGGUGGUUUUGCCGGUUUUGCAUCAAUCGCCACCUCAACGUGGAUCUCAAGAGCUUCUUCCAGCUUGACGAGAUCCAGGGGAAGUGGAUCCAGAUACCAAAUCUCUACUGCUGGCACUGCCGAGCCAAGACCGGGGAGGCGAUGUGCGUGAAUUGUCCACAGAAGAACGCCAAGAGGCCCAAGCGCGCGAGGGAGUCGUCCGCCACCACUGCUCUGGGGCUGCCCCGGACCUUGCUCGCGUCUCCACAGCUCGGGAAUGGGAUGGCCAUGCUCGGAGGAUCCGGGGACGUGCACUACGAUGGAGUGAAUGGUGAUGCCAAGCAGCCGGAAGGUGUCGAUGUGGAUGAAAGUAGCUUCCAGGCCGAGGUUCACCCAAACUUGGCGCUCUCGCAGCCGACUCCCACCAUGGCCGAUCUUCGCUUCUUGGCUGGCGCUGGGCCGAGCCAUCAGAGAGGUUUUUUUCCGGAAAAGGCUCUCCUUGGUCGCGACGCGUUAUCAGUUGUUCCAAAUCUCAUAGAGUUCUUGAACAACUCUACGACACCUUUUCAUGCCACUUUGGAGGCAAGGAGGCAUUUGCUGGAAUCAGGCUUCCAGCAGCUGAACGAGUGUGAAGAGUGGGAGUUACAGCCAGGUGGUCGCUAUUUCUUCACGCGAAAUAUGUCCUCGAUAUUUGCUUUCGCCAUUGGUCGGAAGUAUAAACCCGGUGGUGGCUUUCAUGUAUUGGCUGCUCAUACAGAUAGUCCCUGUCCAAAGCUUAAACCAGUAUCUGCGGCUACUAAAGGUGGUUUUCUACGUGUUAGAGUCCAAGCUUAUGGGACUGGACUAUGGAAUACCUGGUUUGACAGGGAUUUAAGUGUCGCCGGGCGGGUUUUACGUAGAACAAAAAAUGGAGAGCUUAUUCAUGAUCUUGUUCGUGUUCGAAGGCCAAUAUUGCGGAUCCCGAGUUUGGCGUUUCAUAUGGACAGGUCAGACAGUAUGAAGCAAGAUUUGGAGUCCCAACUAGCUCCAGUCCUUGCUACUCAAAUUGAAGCAGAACUGGCUGUUUCUUGUGACUCGGAGUCGCCGGGUGAGCAUGAAGGAAACCAAAGCAACGACGUCCACCACCCUCUUCUUUUGCAGGUGCUCGCAGACGAGCUUCACUGCGAUGUCAGUGAAAUCGCGGAUUUUGAGCUGAGCAUUUACGACACUCAGCCUGCAUGCAUCGGAGGUGCUCGUCAAGAGUUUGUGUUUUCGGGAAGGCUGGACAACCUGGCGUCGGCUUUCUGCGCUCUCUGGGCUCUGCUGGAUACGUCUUCUGAACCGCUGUCGAUGCUGGAUGAGGAUUACAUCCGCAUGGUUGCACUCUUCGACAAUGGAGAGGUUGGAUCAGAAGCCGUUCAAGGAGCUGGUCCACAGACCAUGUUCCAGGCCAUGAUGAGGAUAUCACGAUGGCUGGCUCGCGGUUCUACAAGCGAAGGCGUUGUAGAGCGAGCAAUCCGACGCUCGUUUGUUGUAUCUGCAGACAUGGCUCAUGCUUUGCAUCCCAACAAUGCCGAGAAUGAUGUGGAGCACAACCAGCCAAAACUCCACGACGGUCUCGUAAUCAAACACAAUCUAACACAGAACAAUGCGACAGACGCGAUCUCUGCGUUUCUGUUCAAGGAGGUCGCCAAGCGGAAUUGUAUUCCGACACAGAACUAUUCCGUGGUCAGUGACGUUGGAUGCUGCUCGACCAUCGAUUCAGUGCUGGCGGCAGGAUAUGGCAUCCGUUUGGUGGAUUGCGGUCUUCCACAGCUCGCGAUGCACAGCGUGCGAGAGAUGUGCGGCACGGAAGAUAUUGACGCCGCCUUCCGCCACUUCCGAGCUUUCUUCCAAGAGAUCGCUUCUCUCGACGAUCAGCUCCGAGUGGACGCCUGAGAAAUAGCCGGCGAGACGUACCAACGUGGGACGCCAUCAUCAUUCGCAGCUUCUUGAGAGGUAAAAAAAACUCUUCCUCUCUCCGAAACUUCGAGCGUUUCUCUUUUUUUUUUCUUUCUCGUCUUCGUCUUUCGUCUCUCAUCUCUCAUCCUUCGUCUUUUUCUUUUUUCUCACCAUAGUGUCGUCUCUCUCUCCACAUAAGCUGUGUACUACUGAUAAGCGUCACAGUAUGACAUAAGCAUGGCCGUUAGCUAUGCGCUUGUCAUGUCCUUACACGAUUCUUUUCCUCUCUUUUUGCUCUCACUCCGGCCUGGCGUCCUUGUGAUUCUUCCGUAUGUCUACUCCUGACGCAAGACUGGACGACAAAGUGUAACGCGCAGAGACGCGACGCGAGCAUUCGUCCAGCCUCUGUCGCAAGGACUCGUCCAAGCUAAGCAUCUCGAGCUUGCUACAGGGAUAACCGCGCGCGCGAGAGAGAGAGAGAGAGAGACCCCGUUCCAAGCUGGAUCGAGAGAGUGACUUCCAAGAGAGAAACGAAACAACCAACUAUGGGGAAUUGUUGUCGAUCAUGGAAUCUUGAGCUCCAUGUCUCUAGACUAUUGCAUCACAAGCCAAGUUUAAUCGAAUUUAUUUUGCUAGUA